CGUGGUUGGAAAUUUGGCGCGCAUUAGUCCCGAAUCGCGAGCUUAUCUUCUCCGCAAAGCCAAGUCUCGCGCUUGGCUGAUGCAGUAGACACUCCUCACUGGAUUAAAAACGCCAAUUGGUAAGCCGGGCUUUCGGUCUUGCUUAGCUCUUUCGCUUGCUGGCGGACCAGAAACGCGCAGGAUAGUAUCCAAAUCUCAUUGAAUCCUACCAAGAUCGGAUCCCAACGACAUGAUGAGGCCGACUACUAAAAGCGCGCCAUCGGCCGCACAAAUCCAUGGCCACAUUACCCAAGAAUCACUAUCAUCAUAAUCCUGCAACGUCAAAAUUCCCACUCAUAGACACCAAGUCAAUCAACAAUUCCAUAAUCAUCAGUAUCAUCAGCAUCAUCCGUCAACGAUGGACUCCACACCAACAGACCAGCUCACGCUGCACCGCGGCUUCCCAGCAGACAAUAAACAUGUCUGGUCGCCAUUCGUCGUCAAGGUCGAGGCCCGUUUCCGCUUUGCCGACUUCAAAUAUCGACUCGCAUCCGGCGGGCCCCUGCAGGCGCCCAAGGGCAAGAUUCCCUACGUCGAGCUCGCCGACGGCGCCACGCUCGGCGACUCGUCCCUGCUUAUCGCCGAGCUCGUGCGGCGGGGCGCGCUUCCGGACCUGAACGCGGAUCUCGGGCCCGAGCAGAGGAGCCACGACCUGGCGUUGCGGGCGCUGCUGGAGGAGAAGCUGUAUUUUCUCAAUGGCUGGGAGAAAUGGACGGCAAACUACUACGUCCAGCGUGACCACAUCCUGUGGACGCUCCCAUGGCCUGUGCGUAACCUCGUCGGGCUGAUGGCGUACCGCGGCCAGAUUGCUACGCUAAAAGGUCAGGGGACGGGCCGGUACUCGGAGGAGGAGAUUAACGUACUGCGCGGGGAGAUCCUGGAGACCGUCGCUGCUCUGUUGGAGGUCUCCAAAGCGAAGCGAUCAGAUGGUGCAGCUCAUGGGCCAGAUGCCGUCUUUUGGGCACUUGGCGGGGAGCAACCGACAGAGGCAGAUACGACGCUUUUUGGUUUCGUGGCUGCUAUUAUGGUUUGCGCAUCUGGCCCGACUGCGCGUACCAUGGUUCGGAGACAUCCGGUUAUUAUCGACUACGCCAGCAGGAUACACGACAAAUACUUUCCAGACUACGAGAAAUGGAGCAACGAGAACUAAAUUUUCUGACUCAAUUACAUUUUAGUUGGUAACAUAUAGAAAUACAAAAAGAGUCGAGGACAGCAGGCUUGGCAGGAGACAUCCACCUCGAGGGUUUGGUGUUCACCGGACGAGAAGAGUAUAAUGAUCGGUCUAGGCCAACAAAGCACAGAACUGCCCCUCGCAGUCAUGUCAUCUAGAAGUUUGGAAUUCACUGCACGAUUUCUGUUUACUGCGUAGUACAAUGUAUAUUGUCGGUCUGGUG